AUGUCGCGAGAACCGCCAGCAGCUCUCGCGAGAAGCCGUAGCGCGGAAGUGAGCGGGCGCGAGAUGGAAGCCAACCGGCCACGAUCUCGCGAGAACACCCAGCAGCUCUCGCGAGAGGCGGCCCGCCAGGCGGCGCUGCUGGAGGAGGUGGCGGCGCUGCAGGGCCAGGCGCAGCGCGGCGAGGCGGCCCGCGGGCGGCUGGAGCAGCGCAACGCCGAGCUGCUGGGCGCGCUGGAGUCGCACAAGCAGCAGCUGGAGCAGAAGGAGGCGGAGUGCGGGCGCCUGGGCGGGCAGCUGCAGGGCAAGGACGGGCAGCUCCGCAAGUGCGAGGACGGCAAGAUCAAGCUGCAGAACAAUAUAUCGUAUCAAAUGGCAGACAUACAUCGUUUAAAGGAACAACUAGCAGAGUUACGUCAGGAAUUCAUCCGUCAAGAGGACCAGCUUCAUGAGUACAAGAAGAACAAUACUUACCUUAUGAGGAGGUUGGAGUACGAUAGUUUGCAGUGUGGACAGCAGAUCAAAGAAAUGCGAAUGCAACACGAAGAAAAUAUAAAGAGGUUGGCGGAGCAAGCUGUACAGGAACAAAAGGGUACACAGAAAACCCAGGCCAGUAAAGACGCGGAACUGGGUUUGACUGAAGAUGAUCAGGCCACGUCAAAGAACGUUCAAGAGACAGAAGGAAAAAAUGUAGUGAAAAAUGAGGAACCCUCAAAUCACCUUGCAAGCAACAAAGAGAAAAUCAAACCAGGAGGUGAUGCAGGCAUGCCCGAAAUAGAAGAGAAUGACCCCGCUAAAGUUGAAGACACACCUACUGCUUUAAAGAAGCCACGUAUUUCAUCGCUUCAAAAUGAAGGCCAUCAACCCAAUCUCAAUCUUCCCUCUGCACCGCCCCAUGUACCAAACGUGGCUCCAGCUUUAGAUGCUUACAAUGAUGGAGAGACUGAUGCAGUGAAAAAGAUGCCUCCAAAUCCUCUUCGGCACUUGAUUCCUGAACAAAAUAUGCAAAAUCAUAAAGAACAGAAAAUUGAAAUGGAACAUGAAAAACUUCCAAAGGGUCGAGCCGCUGAAUUCCAGAAGAUGAAGCAAAGCCGAUUCUUUGAUGAGAAUGAAUCCCCUGUUGAUCCGCAGCAUGGCUCUAAACUGGCGGAUUAUAAUGGGGAUGAUGGUAACGUGGGUGAGUAUGAGGCAGACAAGCAGGCUGAACUGGCUUACAAUGAGGAAGAGGAUGGUGAUGGUGGAGAAGAAGACGUCCAAGACGACGAGGAGAGAGAACUUCAAAUGGAGCUUGCAGACUAUGGAAAGCCACGCUUUCAGUGAUGCACUUUGAAUGCUGAAUUUUAACUUCAUCUAAGGAAAGAGAAGAACUGAAGUGCUCUAAAACUGAACUCUUUUCUGCUUCAGUGUUUCUUAACUUACAAGAAGCUGGUAAUAAACAGUGGUGAUAGAUUACUUAAAAUAAGUAUACUUGAUAUUAGUGAAGUAAUGGAAGGAGAAAUAGAAUUCUGUAUAUACAUGUACAUAGUUGUACUAUUGCAAAUUGUAUUAUCUAAACCACAUUUCUGUUAAAAAGUGAGCCAGUUAAACUUAGACUGUUCCUUACCUGUAAUCUUUGCAUUUAAAACCACAAAUUCAGACUGAAUUGUUUCUGCAAAUUAGGGAAACUUUGUAAACUGGGGAAUUUGUACAGUUUGUACCUUACAUAUGUAAUGAAUCCAUUAUGGAAACAAUUGUACAGCUGAAGGACUCCUUUUAUACAGUAAUACCUGUAUGAGCAAAAAUACCUUCUCUGUUUGUUCAUGAGUGCUGUGUUUUGUAUUUCGCAGGUAAGCUUUCAGUUGAGGUUGAGAAUUGAAUGAAAAUGUGUAAAAAUACUUGGUGUUGCACCUUCCUUAAUGUAACUAAGGAACGAUACGAGUGACAGUGAAACAUUAUAUUAAUUCUGAAAUGUCAGAGCAAUUUAAUUCUACUACGCGGUGACCAAAGCUCAUAUUCAGAGCUGGAAGUCAGUGCUAUUAGAAGAGUAAUAAUUUGAUGCGUUCUGGAAGGGGUCUAGGUAGCUGAUUUCACUAAGUAAAUUAAAAACUGAAUCAGUAUUUUAAAAACUUCUUGUAACAGAGCGGUAGGAAACUUAUUUGCCUACACUUUAAAGGGUGCAAGUGUUUCUUCAGUUAGAAGUAAAGAGAAGUGUGCAGCAGCUUUGUUACAGAGACCACAUUAGAAAUAACUUAAGCAAAGUACAGCCUUUGCAGUCACUGAAUAUAAUGUACGAACCCUCCAAUUCACGACCAUCUGAUGUUUCAGUUCCUUGUGUUACUUUACAGUUGAAUAUUUUUAUAUAGAUCUCUGCAAACAUUUGGCAUGUUCCACAUUAUUGCUUAGAAGAGUUUGUAAGUUAGAUACUUUUUUUAUUCUAGGUUUAAGACACUUUCUGAAUUUUACAGAAAUAGUUCUGUUCAUCUGCAGUAAGCGGAAAUCUAAGGUUAAUAACCCUACCUGCUUCUCAAAAGGGCUACUGUGAAUAGAAUUUAUAGGGCCUAUGACAGGGCUGAUUGUACUUUACUAUCUCUGUACUCAGGUUCAAAUUUAAAACUACAUUAUUACAUUUACAGUUCAUUGCAGUCAUCCAGUAAACCUUUUUAAUAAAUUUAAAAGGCGAUACCAGUUUUGACUAGAAAGAUCUUCCAGUAACAACUCUUAAAUAUACAGUUUCUCUGUGAAAUGAAAAAUGAGAAGAUUCUGCUUCUGCACCUUUAAGUGUUCUGUUUUGUUUUUUAAGACUUGAACUUCGUAUACAUACACCAGGACCAUUCAUGACACUGUUAAAAAAAAAAAAGAAUAAACCUUUGCAUGAUGUGACCAAAUGUAGUUUAACUGGAAAAUAAAAUGCUGAUCCUGCUCAAAAUGAGAUGACAUAUUAACACAGGGGUGGGCAAAAUGCAGCCCGGGGGCCAGAUGCGGCCCACCAGGCCAUCGUAUCCGGCCCGCGGGGCCCCUAAAAAAUUUAGAAAAUUGAUAUUAAUUUGCCCUGGCUGCCUUGCCCAAACUCAGUAAGUGGCCCUCUGCCCAAAAGAAUUGCCCGCCCCUGUAUGAACACCGCAAAGUAAUAUACAAACAUUUCAAAAUUCUAAAAUGUAGAACUUUUCAGUAGCUAAUACCGUACUUGUGCACUACAAAGUUAUUUCAAUCUUAAGAAACUUGUAAAAUGCAGUUUCACCCCGAAGUAGAUGUUAACUCAAAGUUUCUCCUACUGAAACCAACACUUAAUGGGUUCUAAUAAAAUCGUUUUGAGAUCA